GCGGUGCCGGCGGCCCCAGCCCCGCCGCUGCGCCGCCCCUGCUCCAGGGACCCCAAAAUGGUCCAUCAGCGGUUCCUGCGGAGGAGCGUGGUGGACUCGGACCAGGAGGAGCCUGCCUUCGAUCUUCCCGAGUCGGAGCAUCAGAGGAAGAUCAUCCUGCUCCCUAAAACCAGGAGGAUAAUCGCGGAGCGGGCGAAAGCAGGGCACGGGGCCGCCGAGCCAGUGUGCGGGGCGGCUGAGGCCGAGCCUCCCGGGGAGCCGAGGGCAGCGGCUGCCCCCGGCAGCGGUGUGGGGGCCGAGGAGCAGAGGGAGCCUGGCAGGGAUGUGGAGAGGAAAGAGGCGGCGGAUGCUUCCAAAGACCAGAGCAAGGCUAAGAAAGAGGAGCCCGAGGAGGAGGCCGAUAUGAAAGCGGUUGCCACCUCGCUGGACGGCAGGUUCCUAAAGUUUGAUAUUGAACUGGGGAGGGGAUCCUUCAAAACGGUCUAUAAGGGUCUGGACACGGAGACGUGGGUGGAAGUUGCAUGGUGCGAACUUCAGGACAGAAAACUCACAAAAGUAGAGAGGCAGAGAUUUAAAGAGGAAGCAGAAAUGUUGAAAGGUCUGCAGCAUCCAAACAUUGUGAGAUUUUAUGACUUCUGGGAAUCCUGUGUAAAAGGCAAGAGGUGCAUUGUGCUGGUUACCGAAUUGAUGACCUCUGGAACACUAAAGACGUAUCUGAAGAGGUUUAAAGUGAUGAAACCAAAAGUCCUGCGUAGUUGGUGCCGGCAAAUCCUGAAGGGUCUUCUUUUCUUGCACACAAGAACUCCACCAAUAAUUCACAGAGACUUAAAAUGUGACAAUAUUUUUAUUACUGGACCAACUGGAUCUGUGAAAAUAGGAGACUUGGGUCUGGCAACCCUCAAGAGAGCUUCGUUUGCCAAAAGUGUAAUAGGAACACCAGAAUUCAUGGCCCCGGAAAUGUAUGAGGAACACUACGAUGAAUCUGUGGAUGUCUAUGCUUUUGGAAUGUGCAUGUUGGAAAUGGCUACCUCAGAAUACCCUUACUCAGAAUGCCAGAAUGCUGCUCAAAUUUACCGGAAAGUAACCUGUGGUAUAAAGCCAGCAAGCUUUGAGAAAGUUACUGAUCCUGAAAUUAAGGAAAUAAUUGGGGAGUGCAUUUGCAAAAAUAAAGAAGAAAGAUACGAAAUUAAAGAUUUAUUAAGCCAUGCCUUUUUCGCUGAAGAUACUGGGGUAAGAGUGGAACUUGCAGAAGAAGACCAUGGUAGGAAAUCCUCUAUUGCCUUAAGACUCUGGGUAGAAGAUCCUAAGAAACUGAAAGGAAAACCCAAAGAUAAUGGAGCCAUUGAGUUUACUUUUGAUCUGGAGAAGGAAACUCCUGAUGAUGUUGCACAAGAAAUGAUUGACUCUGGAUUUUUUCAUGAAAAUGAUCUCAAGAUAGUGGCGAAGUCAAUACGUGACAGAGUAGCAUUAAUACUAUGGAGAAGAGAGAGAAUUUGGCCUAGAAUGCAAUCAGAGGAACGUCGGGACUCAGAAUGCCUGGAGAAGUUGAAGACGCCACAUGCACAGCAGGUUCAGGUCACCUACCUUUCUCACACCGGUCACCAUGUCCUGUCGGAGUCGGAGGAGCCUGAGGCAGACCAGCAUCCCUUUCAGCAAAACCUGCCCACCAGCGUCACGUCUGUUGCCUCUGACAGCACAUUCGACAGUGGCCAGGGGUCCACUGUGUAUUCAGACUCCCAAAGCAGCCAGCAAAGCGUCAUCUACUCAUCUCUGCCUGAUCCGGUACCUCCGGCUAUCCAGCGGGUGUAUAGCCCACCUCUGAGCGAGAGCCAGGCUGUGCCCCACAGCCUUCAGCAGCUGGGGCACUACCAGCAGCCCUCAGGAGUAAAUCUGCGAGAAAAGAUCAAGAAGAGGAAUCUGCAGGAAGGUGUUCUGCCUUCUGAAUCCUGGGGUGGCGGAGAAGCCAGAGUGCCUGGGUGGUCCCAGCCCUCUUGUAAAGUGUGUGCUGGCAAAACACCGCUGGUGGAGAGCAAGCUGGGGACGCCAGCUACCCCGGGCAGUGGAGGCAGCCUGCCUAGUAAAAAUGAUAGUAACGAUGUGCAGCAACCCAUAUCACAGCAAGCUUCUCUGCAGCAGGUUCUUGCCAGCCAGACGGUUUGCCCAAUCCAGCCUGCAGCCCAUCUGUUGCCCCAGUAUCAGCCCCAGACCUCUCAGGUGGCAGCUAGCAGCACACCACUAAAACCCCUUCAGAUUUCAACUGUGCCACAGCUUCCGCCCGUGGCCCCUUCCCAGAUUCCUCAGUUUCCUGUCAUUCCUGCAAUUACUCCUCUGGCAGGACUUGACAGCCUUCCUCCAAACCUCUCUGAUAUACCUGCGGCAAACGUACCCCCCAUACCUGCUCCUUCUCAGUAUUUUGCUCCAGCCAUGAUUUUGCCCAGCCUCCCCAUGAACCCCACCUUGCCCAUGGCACCAAACUCCCCUGCCCUCCCCAUGCAGGCAGUCAAUCUUCCUCAUACAACUGUGGCUUCUUUGGUCUUGCCCUGCCAAACAAUAGUGCCAAAUAUGUCGGCUGCUACGAUACCAUUGCUUGCUGUGGCUCCGCCGGGAGGGCCAGCGUUGCCACCGCACCACGGGGUGCCCCAGCUCCCCCAGCAGCAGAUGUACCAGACCACCUUCCAGCAGAUCAUUCAGAGCGAAGCUCCCUCUCCCCAUCACACGCAGAGCACGCAAGCAGUGCCCCAGCUGCAGCAACCUCCACCUCCUCAGUCACUCCAGCCAAGCAUAAUUCAUCCUUCAGAACAGACUCUGUCCGCGCCUGGGGCUGGUCACCAGCAGAUGACGGGACACACUCAGUAUGCUUUGGAAGCUGGAGCCCAGGUGCCUGUGCUGCCUGUGCAACCUUCGAUAGUCAUGUCACCGCCUUUGCAGUUGCAGCCUGAACUGUUGCCUCCCCGCGUCGCUCCAGAAGGCGUUGCACAGGUUCACGGCAGCCUCACUACUGCUAGUCCGCCUGUCCCCAUAGAUCACUGCCUGCCUCUUCAGCCCUCUGGUCUGCUGCAGCUUCAGCCCGAUCUUUCCCAGCCGCUGGGUCAGCAGCUCCCAGCUCCCGGCUCAGCUGUCCAGGCAGUCGCAGAGGCAUCUCAAGAGGAGCAGACAAUACAGGACAAACUUCAAACUCUGUCACAGAGCUGUGAAAGCUACAUGAGUCCAGACGUUGUUUCGGGUAAAGAGAUGAGUGACAGCUUUGAAGGAGCAAUAGGAAGUGGAAAACAAGAAGGGAAGUCUUCAAAGAAACAUAAGAAAUCUACACGCGCUCGUUCACGCCAGGAGAAGUCCAGCAGACCAAAACUGACCAUACUAAAUGUUUGUAACACAGGGGAUAAGAUGGUGGAGUGCCAGCUUGAAACACACAAUCACAAAAUGGUGACUUUCAAGUUUGAUUUGGAUGGCGAUGCACCAGAGGAAAUUGCUACUUACAUGGUAGAGAAUGAGUUCAUAUUGCAGAGUGAAAAAGAGAUAUUUAUUGAACAAAUGAAAGAUAUUAUUGAUAAAGCAGAAGACAUGCUCAGUGAAGAUACAGAAGGAGAACGAAGUUCUGAUCAGGGAACGAGUCCCCAACAAGAUACCGAUAGACUGGAAAUGAACGAGGAGAAGCGGCAGUCUCAAAUGAAGACACCCGUGUAUCAACAAAAUGUUUUGCAUACUGGAAAAAGGUGGUUUAUUAUAUGUCCUGUUGUGGAAAACCCUACUACUGAUGCACCAGAAUUUUCUCCACCUGUACCCCAGAGUACACAGCAGACAGAAGGCCCAGACCUGGAGCAGUCGGAUGACCAGCAAGCAAGCUCUGUGGUGACAGAUCUGCCUGGCGUCUUAGCUGGUCAGCAGCUUCCCCCCCAAGCAGGCGUAUGUGACAGCCCCAUCGGGGCCUCUCCAUCGUUGGCUCCCACCCCUGCCGCAGCAUCUUCUGCCAGCUUGCCGAGCCAGGCAGAGUUUUCAGCUCCAGCACUACUGGGACCUGCUCCAAAUAUCGUAGAGCAGGUGGCUGCUAACGGAGGGCAUCUGGAGUAUUCUCCACUGAAGGUGGCAAUGCCGGCUCAGCCAGGCACACUGUCCCCCCGCCCCGCCUUGCUGGAGGAGCCUUCUGAUGCUCUCCUCGCUCCUCAGCACCGGCAGCCGCAGGCCGACGAGGGUACGUGUGUCCCUGAUGUGGAGAUAGCGUGCUGCAGUGUUGGGCCACACAAGUCAGUCCCGGCAGCUCCUGUGAAGGCGGCAGAACUCUGCCCGCUCCCCGUGCUCCCAGAUACCGUCGUGUUGGAACGGCAGCCUGCGGCGCAGGUCCCUUACCUGCCAGAGGCUGGCCAGACCAGCAUGGUGCAGCACCCUUUUGUGAGCCAAGCCUUCCCUGCAGCCACUGCAUCUGAUCCUCUCAGUCUGGCAGGGUCGCAGCUCCAGAGCCCUACUCAGGUGCCAGUGGCUGCACCCCAGCAGCACACAGUGCUGUCCCAGGCACAGCCCGCAGCCUGCACCGGCGUGGGGAUCAGCCUGCUGCAACAGCAGCAGCCCAGCACCGCUGAGUCCGACGGAGAGGGACCGCCCAGGGUGGACUUCGUUGACAACACGAUAAAAAGCCUUGAUGAGAAAUUGCGCAAUUUACUUUACCAGGAAUAUGUCCCUACUUCUUCUGCAUCAGCAGGGACUCCAGACACCUCUGUCCCAUUAGAACAGGGCGACAGUGAAUUUAACUUGCCGCCUUUUCCCGAAGAUCAAGUUCCCACGUUGGCGUUGGAUUUGAGAGAACCAGGACGUAAUGUUGCAGACACCAGCCAGGAGGUGAAAGCUGCUGCCGAGGCCCAGUCGGUGCCACUGGUACCAUCCGAAAUCUCACCCUACCCAGCACCGUUUGAAAAGUCGGAGGUCACCAGUGCUCAUUCCUCAGAAGGAAGAGGUGGGUCAGCGAGCAGAAAAGGUUCAGCUGCAAGCAUUGCUUUGGCUCCUGCUGCUACCGCAAAAGGCCUCCUUCAGGUUGCACCUACAUCAUCAAGUGUAACUAAACAGAUGGAAUCUUCUAAAAGGAGUGAGAAGGCAAAGACUGUGACUUCGUCUGCACGCACAGAUAAUGUAACACAGAUAUCUACAGCAGAUGGGGUGAUAAAUAACCUUCAAAGGGAUGACUCUCUAGACUCUGGUUCCUAUGGAAAACAGGCUGAAACUCGUGACAGCGGUACACCAGCCAAAACUAUUGGCAGGUUUUCAGUAAUCAGCACGCAAGACGAAUUAACUUUAACAGCGUCACACUGCUUAAGGUUCUCGGCACCCCCGGACGUCUAUUUGGAUGAGCUACCUUCCAGCCCUGACUUGAAGACAGCCGUCCGACGGGUGCAGACAGCCUCUUCUGUUGAUGUCCUCUGUGACCAGGCUUCGAGUGAUUCUGCCGAUGAGCCUUUCCAUCGUCAGUCGGCCACAGCUGCCCAACUGUCCCCCCCAAGCAGUAGUGCAGCCAGUGACUUAAUUAAAAAAGCAGCUGCUUUCCUGCAAAGAUCUGGCAAAGCUGGCUCACCAGGCCUCGAGUCGCCUAACGGGCAAGGAACAAAAAUUCCUACCAUUAACAUAACAUCUUUCCACUCGCAGUCGUCGUACAUGAGCAGCGACAACGACUCGGAAUUUGAAGACGCAGACAUGAAGAAAGAAUUGCAGAACCUGAGAGAAAAGCAUAUGAAAGAAAUUGCUGAACUUCAGACUCAGCAGAAGAAUGAGAUAGAGGCACUGUAUAUUCGGUUAGGGAAACCCCUUCCUCCCAACCUGGGGUUCCUUCACUCAGCCCCGCCAAGCAGCCGGCGCCGAAGAACUAGCAAAAAUAAAUUGAAAGGUGGAAAACUAUUAAACCCUCUGGUCCAGCAGCUCAGGAGUGGAACAUCAAGCACAAGUAACCUUUCCGACUCUAAAGACUCACCCCACAAAGAAACAACUAAAACUCAGCCUGGCUCUCCCGGAGCUGCAGCGGUGACUCCCUCUGCAUCGGCCGCCUUUGGGAAGGCUGUUCAGACGCAGCAGCCAUGCUCUGUCAAAGCCUCUUUGUCUUCUGACAUCUGCUCCGGCUUAGCCCCCGAAGGAGGUGACGUGAACGCAAGCUCUGGCCAAGGCUGGACGGUUUUCCACCAAACGUCUGAGAGAGUGACCUAUAAAUCUAGUAGCAAACCUCGUACCAGAUUCCUCAGUGGACCUGUGUCUUUGUCCAUCUGGUCCACCUUGAAACGACUAUGUCUAGGCAAAGAUCACAGUAGUAGAUCCUCGACAAACAGCCUCGUAACCUGUCCUGAGCCACUCCCGCAAUCAACCCUACAGGUUCAGGCCAACAACAGUAACAACAAGAAAGGGACGUUCACAGACGAUCUCCACAAGCUGGUUGACCAGUGGACAAGCAAAACUGUUGGAGCUGCACAGGCAAAACCUUCUUUAAACCAACUGAAGCAGAACCAAAAAAGGCAAGACAUGGAGCCAAAGGCUAAUCCCAUGCAAACACAGAAUGAGACAUGUGGAGUUAAUUCGGUAAGAACGGGAGUGGGGAAAAAGGGCAUUGUUCCGGUGUCUUGCCCCAUGCCCGCUGCAUUAGCUCCUGGAGCUUCACCGUCCCUGCCAGUGCCUAUGCCAGGUUCUGAUUAAGUUUGCACUCUAGGUGGCAUGGACACCUCUCUCCCGUUUGCAAGUUGCUUUUUGCCCAUUUUACUGUGCGUAGAGUCUCCAUCUGCACCACUCGGUCUAAAGGCACAAGGUAACCACUAA